AUGAGGUGAAAAUAUAGAACAUAUCUCGCAGCAAUAAUAAAAGAAAGAAACAAGUAUAACUUUUAUCUCUUUCACUCAAUGAUCAUCUUGCGCCGGCAAAAUCCCAAGACCCAAACCAGUUUUGUUUGAACUUACUUUUUUUGCAGGAAUUUGAUGAUUCUUGGCUUACUAUGGUUAGUUUGUAGGUAAGCGGGUUCAAGUUUCUAGUUCAUCUGUCAGUGAGGUUAUGUUUACAAGCUCCAAAAACAAAACUAUAGUGAAUAACCCGUGAUUUUGACUGGAAAUAAGGUGCUAUGGUUCUUGAAUUCACACUAGGGUGUAGUUUUAUUUGAUUUGUCCUGUGAAUUUCGUGCUUUGUUUGUUAUGAAGUGUAUUUUGUAUUGAACUGUUUGAUUUUCACUGUAUUUUUUCGACAAAUGUAACAUUACUAUUAGAGACUUUUGUGGGUGAUUGUAUUCGGUAAAUACCUAUUGGUAAAAUGUCUUCUCGUGUGACCGGCACUUGCUGCACCGCGUCCGUGGAGCGCGCGGGCCUGCCCGGCCUACUGCGAGACCUUCAGAGACUCUCCGAAGAUCAAGAUUCCGCUGAUCUAGUUUUCAUACUUGGAACUGCAGAAGAAAAAGUUUAUGCACACAAAAUUAUACUUUUGGCAAGAUGCAAAAGUUUUCAAAACAUGAAGCGUGGGGAAGUGUGCCGCAUCCCUGGCUGUACAGUGACGCCCCCUGGCGGCGGCCAGCCCACACCGAUACGCAUGCCGCACGUGCAGCCAGAGACGUUCCGCUUGUUCAUACAGUACGUGUAUACGGGAAAGCUAUUGCUGCAAGAUUCGGGCGUGUUCGAGAUGAUGACUUUAGCAGCUGAUUUGGGAGUCGAAGAUCUUCGAGCUGCUUGUGAAGAUCAUGUUACAUCCACUUUGAGCGUAGAGAGUGCUUGUACUUUGCUGGCUGCAGCUAUGGAAAUUCAAGAUAGACCGGGUGGCAACAGUGCCUCAUCGUUCAUGGAGCGGUGUAUAUCCUUCAUUGGGGACAAUGCGGCGGACUGCGUCAAGACCAAUGCCUUCCUGAACCUGCCUAAAGAAGCCUUGAUCAAGCUCAUCUCUUCAGAUUUUCUCUGCCUAGAAGAGGAGGAGGUGUGGCGCGCGGCGCUGGCGUGGAGCAAGCAGCGCGCCGGCGUGACGCAGCCCACCGCGCACUGGACCGAGGAGGAGCGAGCCCGCGUCGUGCAGCACCUCGCGCCGCUCAUGACGCACGUGAGACUGCUGCUCAUUGACAGCGCAGUGUUCGCGGAGGAAGUGGAGCCAACGGGCGCGGUGCCCAUGGAGCUGUCGCUGGAGCGGUACCGCCGCGCCGCGCUCCACGCCGCGCGCCCGGCCCCAGACCCGAGGACCACGCCGAGGCUGGCGGUGAACAUGUUCGCGGGGUCGGUGAUCCUGCAGCAGGACAAGAGCGCCUUCCAGGCCGUCAUCAACAACUGGUGCGGCACCCCCAAGCAGUCGUGGCAGCUGGUGUUCCGCGCGUCCUCGCACGGCUACUCCGCGCAGGCCUUCCACCAGCACGCCGACAACGUGGCGCCCGUGCUCGUGCUCGUGCAGCUAUCCCGCGGCGACGUGGUGGGCGGCUACGCGGAGGUGGGCUGGGCGGGCGGCGGCUACCAGCCGGCGGAGAGGGCCUUCCUCUUCUCACUGGGAGAGAGACCAGAGAAGCACCCGCUCGUGAAGAAACCCUUCGCGCUGUGCUACCAUGCCGAUUGCGGCCCAAUAUUCGGCGCGGGCGCGGACCUGCUGAUCUCGUCCAACUGCCACGCCAACAGCGACAGCUACAGCAACCUGCACUCGUACGGGGAGGCCGGCGCCUCGCUCACGCAGGACUAUUACUUCACUGUGCGGGACUACGAGCUGUUUACUAUCAAACAUACUUAGUGAUUUAGUAACCAGGUUUAUAAGUGGGCUCUUCACCAUCACACAUACUUAUUAACCAGGUGUAUGGGUGAGCUCGUCACAACAAAUAGGUUUAUAAGUGGGCUCAUCUAGUGAACGAUAUUUUAAAUUAUAAUUUUAUUUUUUAUUUUUAUUUUACUUUAUUAGGAAAACUUACAGCUAAAUCAGU